GCCUUUCUCAAGAUCUCACUGGCAGCCACGUUUCAACAUGACCACAGGCCUUCCAGCAACGGCCGAGAUGCCCUACAAGGACUACGUUCUGGCCUUGUCCUGGGCGGUGUAUCUUUGGAGCACAUACCUCAAUUACCGACAGCACCGGAAGCUACGCGAACCAAAGCUUCCACCGACCAUGGCAGAAGUCGUGAAAGACGAAGAUUUUCAGAAAGCACGAUCAUAUGGCUUGGAUAAAUCUCGCUUUCAGUUCUUUUCCGAUGCGUUUGACCAAUUGCAGUCCACGGCGUUCAUUGUUUACGACUUUUUGCCCUACUUUUGGAACUUGGCUGGCGCUGGCUUGGCAAAGUUUGGUUGUGGGGAAGAUUAUGAGAUCUCCCAAUCGAUCGGCUUCGUUGUAAUAAUGAGCCUUUUUAGCCUUGUUCUCGGUCUUCCAUUUUCCCUAUAUCGGACCUUUGUUAUUGAAGAAAGACAUGGAUUCAACAAGCAGACGAUUGGAUUGUUCUUUUCUGACAUGCUCAAGGAGCUAGCUCUUUCUGGCGUGAUUGGCAUCCCUGCAAUUGUCGCCUUUCUGAAAAUCAUCAACUGGGCGGGUCCAUCCUUUUACUUUUACGUUUGGGUCUUUGUAUUCGUCUUUCAGAUUGUCAUGCUCAUCAUCUUCCCCACUUGGAUCCAACCUCUCUUUAACAAAUUCACCCCACUAGCUGAUGGAUCUCUCAAGGAAAAGAUUGACGCUUUGGCAGAGCGAAUCAGCUUUCCCCUAAAAAAGAUUUUUGUUAUUGACGGAUCCAAACGGUCGGCGCAUUCUAAUGCAUAUUUUUACGGAUUCUUUGGGAACAAGCGUAUUGUGCUUUACGAUACGCUCCUGGAGCAUUCCACUGAGGAUGAAGUGUGUGGUGUUCUUGCCCAUGAACUUGGUCAUUGGCAAUACAACCAUGUCUUGCAAAUGUUGGUCAUUAUUCAACUGCAUCUGUUCUCCCUGUUCUAUAUCUUCAGUUCUUUCAUCAACCACGUUCCACUGUAUCGCUCGUUUGGAUUUUCAACCCAACCACCGUUGAUAGGGUUUACGCUUUUCCAGUAUAUUAUCCUUCCCGCCGAGAUGGUACUCUCGUUCCUCCAAAAUGUCGUAUCAAGAAAGAACGAAUUCCAAGCGGAUGCAUUCGCAAAGAAACUUGGAUAUGCGAAACUCCUCAAAAGUGCACUCAUCAAGCUGCAAGUGGAAAACAAAGGCAAUAUGAACCCGGACAAAUGGUACAGCGCUUGGCAUUACUCGCAUCCGCCUCUAGUUGAACGGCUGAAUGCGAUAGGAAAGACUGAGUAGAUUAGAGAAUCUUUUGUCUUUACUUGCUAUAUAGGGCAAUCUUUAUACAGUGAGAAAAUCACAGUGGGUUCACAGUUUGGCCCGUAGUGGGUGUCCG